UGUAGUCGGUCCUGUGUUUGGUCCCGGUAAACCGGUCAGAGUGAGCCCUCCUCCUCUCUCUCCGCUCUCUGUCUCAUAGUAACGGUCACCUGCAGAAACACACCGGGACUCACCGAGCUCACACCGACCGACAGACAGACCCCCUGCCCGGCUGCAGGACACCGACUCCCCUGCUCCAACCGCACCGCCGCACGAUUCUCUGUUGCUGAUCAAAGCCGGUCAAUCGAUACCCGGAUCGAUCGGCUCUGAUGUCCGACGCGGUGGAUCAGAACCGGCGCGUGGCCUGCGGCGGGAUCAGAGGCACCGGAGCAGCGGAUGAUGACAUCAGCGUGUGAGAGUCCCGAUCCUCCCCGCGUGAGCUGAUCGAUCAUUUAUCAGGCGUUCCAGUGCUCCCAGUGCUCCCAGUCCUGUCCAGGAUGCUACCAGCCUCCAUCCAGAUCACAGGGGAGCUGCUGUCGGCGGCUGAGGUUCAGGACAUCUGUGAGAGUCUGAAGGAGGACAGCGUUCAGCUGCUGUCUGUCCGCGGUUGCCAGCUCUCUGACCGCGACUUUGGACGCAUCUGCCGCAGCGUCGCCGAGUCGCGCUCGCUCGCUCAGCUCAACCUUAACCUGGGCGUUGUCUCCAGCAUCAACCGGACACGACACCUGGCCGACGCCCUGAGGACCAACCGAUCCCUGCAGACCCUGUUUCUCCAUGGCAGCCCCCUGUUGGACGCUGGCCUGGUGACCCUUAACUCGGCCCUGUCGACCCACCCGGCCCUGGUCUGUCUGGAUCUGGGAGACUGCAUGUUGGGAGACGAGGCGCUGGGUCUGAUCUGUGGGAUGCUGCCUCCCGAUGGAGCGAAGUCAGGUCUGAGGGAGCUGACACUCAGCGCUAACCCAGGAAUCAGCUCCAAAGGCUGGGCCCGACUCACCAUCGCCGUGGCUCACAGCUCCCAGCUCCGGGUGCUCAACCUGGACUACAACCCUCUGGGUGAUCAGAUUGCAGGGAUGUUGGCAGUUGCCGUGGCGUCCAGCAGAACCCUGGAGGUGUUGGACCUGGAGGGAACCGGACUGACCAACCAAUCAGCACAGGUGUUUUUGGACAUGGUGGAGAACUACCCAACCAGUCUGCGGGUUCUGGUUCUGGUGGAGAACGACAUCAAUCCGGAGCUGCAGCAGCAGAUCUGUGACCUGCUGUCUGAAGGAGAGGAGGACGAUGACAGACAGGCCCUGCCCCUCCAGCCAGGUCCCACCUCCAGCAGUGCCCUGAUGCCAAUCAGAGACAAGUACCAACCAAUCAGAGACAAGUACCAACCAAUCAGAGACAAGUACCAACCAAUCAGAGACCAGUACCAGCCCCCCGCUUGGCUACCCCACAGCAAUUCCAGCCCCCAGAUGGUCUUGCUGACAUCAGGUCUAGGUGAGAGCUUAUUGGCUGAGACUGAGAUGUGACCCCUCCCACAUACACACCCACUUCCUGUUAAACUAUUUUCACUUUAUUCUCUCUACUUUUCAUUUUGGGGUUUGAAUGUUCCUGUUUGUUUCUCUGCACUGCACUUCUCUGGGUUGUCAGAUCACCUGAUCGCUAGCAGCCAAUCACAUGCUCUGCAUGGUUUGAUGUAGCACCUGUACAUAGACUAGAACAGAGUGAGUGGCAUCACAAAACCUUAACACACCAAGUGACUUACAGACAGGUGUUUGAUCAGCAGCUGGACAGUGUGUUUCAGUACCAUCCGCUGAUAGGGCUCCUUUAUG